AUGACAUCCUACGUGAUGCGCUUGUCAUUCAUGACACUUGAUGUUGAUUUCUUCAACAUCUUGAAAGCACAUUACUUCAAACGUCUCAGCAAGUAUCAGUUUGGUGCAUCGGACUCAAGUGCAGCUAAGGGUAUGUUUUGGGGAUGGCAUCAGCAGGCCUGGGGAGCAUGGAGGAAGGCAGGGUUGUGGCCAUCAGACCGGAAUGUGAUGGGUGUGCAGGAUGAUGAAGUUUUGAAGACUCCACCUCCCCAAGACUUGGCGGAAGAUCCUCUCACCCCUCACACUAUUCACAUCCUUCAAGCAAAUAAUCGUGGAAUGUGUCGUGGUGAGAUCAAUAAAGACAAGGCAAUUGAGAAACUGGAGAAGAAAUGUGAGCAGUUGAUGGCUGUCACGCCCGUCGUACAACUACUUCCUAAUAGACCGACGGUCGACGAACCUCGGCUAACUUGA